UUUGCAAAUGCUGAUGGUUCUUGAGGCUUUAGUUCCGUGUUACCUGCAGAAGAUGAAGGGUAACACACAGACUCUGGAGUCGGUGUCUGCAGCGAGGGAUGAGAUAGCUGCCAUAGCUGCUCUGGCCACUUCUCUGCAGGCUCUGCUCUACAGCGUGGAGGCAUUGACACGACCUAUGACUGCACCUCAGAUGAGUCGAUGUGAUCAAGGCCACAAGGGAGCAACUACUGCCAACCACACCAUGUCUGGAGGACCAAACACCAG